AUGGUGGACUACUACGAGGUGCUGGGCGUGCCCCGCCAGGCGUCGAUCGAGGCCAUCAAGAAGGCGUACCGCAAGCUGGCGCUCAAGUGGCACCCGGACAAAAACCCUGAGAACAAGGAGGAGGCGGAGAGGAGAUUCAAACAAGUGGCCCAGGCCUACGAGGUGUUGUCAGACGCCAAGAAGAGGGACGUCUACGACCGAUACGGUGAGGCGGGAGUGGAGGGCAGCGGUGGCGGCAGGCCCUUCGAGGACCCGUUCGAGUGCGUCUUCACCUUCCGCGACCCGGCCGACGUCUUCAGGGAGUUCUUCGGCGGCCGGGACCCGUUUUCGUCUGACUUCUUCGGAGACCCGCUUGAGAACAUUUUGGGCGGUCGGAGGAGCUCCCGCGGAAGCAGAAGCAGAGGGUUCGCACCGAUUUUCUCCACCUUCAGUGAAUUUCCAGCAUUCGGAGGUGGUUUUUCUUCCUUUGAUACAGGAUUUACUUCCUUUGGUUCCCUGGGGAAUGGGGGCCUUUCUUCCUGCUCCAUGUCUUGUAGUGGUGGGACGGGCAACUUCAAAUCCAUGUCGACUUCCACCGAAAUCAUUAAUGGCAAGAAGAUCACCACCAAGAGAAUCAUUGAGAAUGGCCAAGAAAGGAUAGAGGUGGAAGAAGACGGAGAGUUAAAGUCCAUGACAAUAAAUGGCAAAGAGCAGUUGCUACGCCUUGACACCAAGUGA